UGAUGGACACAGCAGACUCCACCUCUGAUGAGCCCCUUCCGAGAGGCAAAAGGAGGCAAGAUCUCCAAGAGAUGCUGAGAGAAGUAGGACUAGCAGUUGAGUACUGGCUGCCAAAGCUGCAGGAACAGCUGGGUGUGAUCUAUGCAGAAGCCUUACAACACAUUGAAGAAGAAGAACUCCAGAAGCUGAAAUCCCAGGCACAAUAUCCCUGGGAGAAAAGGGCUCUGGAGAAGCUACUUAACUCAAAUAGCCUUUCAAAGUUACAGGAGUCUCAGGUGAAAGUAACAGAGGAGGAACAGAAAACAUCAGAAGAGGCACUAAAGGAGAUAAGAGACUUGCAUUCAGAAGAGAGGAAAAGACAGGAAGAGGCAGUGAGGAAAAAAGAGGCAGAGCUGAGGCAAGCAAUGGAGAUUCCCAAAGAAUAUUGGCCACACCCUGAGAAAUCCUUAAGAAAAGUGAUGGAACACAGGCAAGGACAACUCAAUGUCACGGAGGGCACACUGUCUGAGAGGCAAAACCUCCCAGAUAGAGAUCUGGUGAAAUGGGCAUCUGGAGGGCUGGCCCUGCAGGGAAUUUACAAAAAGAGCUCCCAUGAGAGUUUUCUAGAGACUAUAGAAGAGCUAAUCAGUGUCCCCAAGGCGUUCUUACUAUUUGGCCCUCAGCACAGCAUUCAGAUGGUAACCAGGGAAUUUACAUCUUCUCAAGAAGAAUCCAAGUUCAUCCAGAUGACAGAGAAGCUGGGCUUCAGUGUAAUUGUCUCUGCCAAGGGCGGACGUUGGGGAGCUGGUGGGGACUACAGCUAUCAUUCAGAAUCCAAGAAAAUCCGACAAUCACGUUCUGAGACCUCCUAUUUCUGCUCUACCAAGUUCAGCUAUGUCCCACUUGCCUCCUGCCACUUUCCCAUGGAUCAGCUCCAGUUCUCCAAGGCUGCUCUCCAGGAACUGCAAUGCAUUGAUGACCUUCUACAUCAGCCUGCAGGCCCAGACCGACUCCCCAUGCUGAGGCGCAAGACUGAAGCUUUCUUCCACAGGUUUGGGUCUCAUGCUAACCAGGGCCCUCUGCACCUGGGAGGAAUCUACUGGUGGAAAGCUACAUCACAGGGUUUCCAAAGUGAGCAGCUGAAAGAAGUAAAAAAGCUGUCAGCAAAUGCCCUGAAUGGUUACAUAAGGGGCAGCGUCAGUGUCCUUGGAAUGAAAGUUGCUGGGGGUAUGGAUGGGUCAUACUCUAGUUCAGAAACUAACACCAAAAGCACAACAUCUCAAAAUCUCCAAACUGAUGUCCAAUUAUCUGUGGCCCAGACAGGUGGCCCACCAGAAGCAAAUGGCUUUCUCCAAUGGAAAGCUGGCCUAGUUGCCAGUAAUCAAACCUGGAGUGUCAUCGACCGGGGCCUUCAGCUGGUGCCCAUUUGGGACAUCAUCCUCUCCAACCACAGAAAUGAUUUUAAGGAUCCAUUUCAGGUGGCUAGCUUACUGAAAGAUAACUACACUGCUCUGACUGGCCUCACUGCCCAGAUCCAAGAUGGAGAAGACUUACUGAGAAUUGAGAAGGAGGCUAGGGUUUUCCUAGAGGAUGUGAAAUCCUGGGAGGUAUCUGACCCUGAAGAGCAGCUUAAAAAACUGAUAAAUUUCAAGCAAAUGUUGAGUCAAAAAAUAAAAAGUUAUGACACUUGGGUUAACAUAUGCCUUACAGAUGAGGGUCUGCAGAAUUUUCUGAUAAACACUGUUAACUUUUGCAAACAGUAUUUCAUCUAUGCAACUAAGUUUAUUAAAUGUCAGUUGCGCAGCCUAUUGGAUCCUCACAUCUACAGAGUGAAUAACUUCCCUCAGGCUCGUUCCAUCAUGCAGUGGGUCUUCCAGCCAGAGGCAGAAGAAGAGCACAUCAACAUCUCCCAAUUUUCUGAAUUAAUUAAAAUAUUAAAGAAAACUAACAAUGCCCUCAGGGAAGUGAUGGCCAAAUCUGAGUCUGCAGAAACAGUGGAAAAAGCUCAAAAAAAGGCCACUUAUGAGGUCACUUUUUCUCUUGGCUCCUUCUUGAAUUACCUCCGAAAAACAGAGCAGCCAGACACACAGUUCUUGCUACUUUCCAUUGCAGCUGGUUCAGGGUAUCAUGUGGUAAACAAUAAGUUUCAGUAUCUCUUGGGGUGUGAGGAUUUAGACUUCCUACUGGAUGAAAUGCAAACUGCCCAAGAUAAAUACCAGGAGCUCAAAAAUAUUUGCACCUACAGAGCUCAGGCAUUCCUGGUGCUCACAGGACUUUCAGCUACUGUUGGAGUCACAGCUGUAUCUCCAGAGGAAAAAACACAACGCUUGGCAUUACUAAGGCAUCUGCUGGGCCAAUCUUUGUCAAAAGAAGUUGUCCAUGUCCUCUCCAAACCUGGAGCAGAUCAGGAUUGGGAAAACCUAGAGAGAGACUUGAGGUUGCUCAUUAAUGGUAAUUAUGAAGCCACCAUCUCUUCUUUGCAAAAAGAUGAAAUAAGAAAAAACUUACAAAGUAUUUUCUAUGAAAGGAAAGAACCUCAUGAACCACAUGAUAAUAGAAAUAGCAAAUGGGAAGUCAUAGAACAUACAGCCUUCCUAAAAUUACUUCAGUGUCUAGGCCUAGAACAUUACUACCCAAGAAGGAUGAGCAGAGCUAACUUCCAUCUCAUCAACAAGAUUUCUGUAUACAACACGCAGCCAAGCUCUGAAAGGGAGCUUCCCUUAUAUUUCCUUCAGAAGUUACAAGUGAUGGAUUAUGGGUUGAGAUACCUAGUCAUCAGAAAUGAUGAAAACACACAGAAUCAAUUCUAUCCAAGUGCCUCAAAUCAGGAAAAUGAGGCUUUUGACCCAUAUGAAGACUUGUUUGAAGACAACUUGUUUGAAGACAGUGAUACUAAUCCUUCAGAUACUAAUCCUAGGCCCCAUAUUAACCCUAUGGAUGUUCAGAUGGCAAUUCUUCACUGUGCAGAUGAUUUUGCCAGACAGUAUAUUUUGUCCAAACUUUCCAUUUGCCAGUUUGCACUCCCUCUUCUCAUACCUAAUCCUUGCAGUUCUCAAAUUGAAUUCUCUUUCUGGUCUCUCAGUCAAAUUAGAAGGAGCUGGCAGGAAGCAAGGAAAUCACCAAGAGAGGAGAAGAUCAAUUGCAAGAAUAAGCAGAUGUGUCAUGUCUCUACCCCCAUUGUGUCCUUUAUAAGAGUUGGAAAUGGCUUCUCAGCUUCCAAAUCUCAGAUCAUGAACUGUCUUCUCAGUAAACGAAAACAUGAUGUCUUUUUCCACCGACAUUGUAGAGGGAGCACCAAAGACUGUCUCUUGAUGGAAGGAGUGGUGGAAAUCAGCUGGUUCUGCCCUGGAGGGGAUGAUGAGGACAGAUUUGACAACUGUGUGACCUUCACCAAUCUCCAUGGAGAUGCGAAGGAACAUAAGAAGCAACUUACCUUCCUGCAGGAGGUCUCUUCUCUCAUUGUUGUCCUCAUGUCAACUUCUGAUGACGAUGAAGAAAACCGAAAAAUUGUUCGAGAUCUGAGUCAGUCACCAAGACCUUUGAUUUGCUUACUUGAUAACAAAGAACAAACCAUGGCCAAUAAUUCUAAUAAAAAAGUGAUGAUUGGAAUCAGGAACCGAAAUGAAGCAGAAUUAACCGAAGAGCUUGUUACUACAAUCAGACGUUUAAUGGAGCUCUCAAAUAUAGCUCUCAGCUUAGAAGACCUUGCCCCAAUGGCUCGCAAGCAAGGAUUCCUUAUUGACGAAGACCAGAGAGAAUGCAAGGAAGCCAAAGAAAAGGCAGACGUCCUAAUGGCCCUACUGAGAGAACUGAAUAUAUCUCAGGUGAAGGAAAACUUACUUCCCCUUCAGGGACACCUGUGGCAUCUUUGGUGUAAAAAGGACAAAGAACUCUAUCAUCUACGAGAAAAAGGGAAUCAAAGCAUUGAACAACACAAGAGUGAAAUUGAGACAGAAAAACAAAGAAUACGGAGGCAACAGUUGACCAGGGCCCUUCCUCUCAAUGACUUAAUGCAGGCUGUCCUUGAAAUUCUCCAAAAUAAUUCUGAAACUCAAACCACACACUACUUUUUGCAAUGGCUAAGUGUGCUUUUGGACAACCUUACUGCAGAACACUUGGAACAACUGAAUGAAAAGAAAAACAAUUUGUGGUCACGGAUACAAACAGAAAAGCAAAAGGCACCAAAGAGCACUGACCUCCAAGGCUGGCAAAAAGAGAUAGAAGCUAUUUCCACAGAGAUUAGUGACUGUACAUUGGGAAUUGAGCAACUUCUCAGAGAAGUUGGCCAGAUCUAUGAAGCUCUGGAAGAAGCUUCACCCACUGAAGAUACCAUUUAUCUUUCCCUUCCCCAGAUUGCUGCAGAUCUGAUGAUAUCUGGGGCUCCCAUUGAACUGAUGGAUGGGGAUGCUUCAUAUGUGCCUCUAAAGUGGGUGGCAGCCCUUUUUGACAAGCGCUUUGGUGAUAUCAUUAAAUUUGAUGUCAAUACUGAUGUCUUCUACUUUGCUCACCUCUGGGAUGGCAAUCCCCCAAUGGCCCCUCCCAAUCCUCGCUACAGCCACAAUGUCCAGGAUCUGAAAAGGAGAAUUCUUAUGGCUGCCAAACAGGAGUUGAGGGGAAGCAUCAUGAGGACAUCAGAUGUGAAAUUGCGAGUUCAAGAUUUGUGGAGAGCCCUAGUGAAUGAGAACUUUAUUUUCAGUUUCAGGAACACCCGAGAGGUCAUGGCCAUGAGCAAAUUGGAAACUAUGUAUAAUUCCUGGACCUGGGAGCUGAGGAGUUACGUGCUAGACUUGCAGAACCAGCUCAUCAACCAAAUAAUGAAUGGCAAAAUCCAGGAACUGACAUUAGGCACACUUGAGGAUCCAGUUACAGAAAAAUAUAAAGCCAUCCAGCAAGAACUUGACAAAUAUUUUAAUGAAGAUCCAGAUAAUGAGAUACUGAUUCAGUGGAAAGCAAGUUUUGAAAAUAAACUAAUAAACCUUAAAGAGGCACUUAUUUUUGAGAGCAAAAAUAAAGCUGAGGGUCAUAUCAGUUACAAAAAGAAUCAAGAAAUACUGGAUAACAAAAAGUCAGGUUAUGAAAAGGAAUUAUUGGAAAGAAGCCGAGAACUGGCUUUAACUGUAAAGGAUAAAGAACUGAGUGAGGAAGAGCUGCAUGUCAAAUUCAAUCAACUUUGGGAAAAAUGGGUCUUUGCUGUGACCUCAACUCUCCCUUCAGUCACAGAGCCUGACAUUGAUGUGGAUUCUGAAAACAUCCUUUUGGACUAUUUUAAAAAGGAGACAGACGUGGUGAAUAUACUGAAGAAAAAGUCUAGAAAGGAGUUUGAAAUUAAUUAUGAAAAACAUGUCAAAAUGAGGAAAAGGUUUGGCUUAAUAACAAGGAAUUUAGAAGUAUAUGAUAAAGAGUCCAUAAAGAGAAUUACUGACUGCAUUGUUUCAAGAUAUACUGAAAUGAUUAAAAACCUCCAAAGGCUACAGUGUGAUUACAAUCCAAGUUAUUUCCAUGAAAUCCUGAACAUAAUAGAAGAGGGUGUGAAAUCUGCACCCACUGAAGAAAGAUACACAUUUACAAGUAAGUACAAAAUUGACUUAUCUUUGUGUUUAUUCCAAGGAGCAUCUGAGAAUUUUAAAGACAUGCAUAGGGCAUUCAAAAGAGCAAAUGAUCCUAGAAGUUAUUUGGAAAGCAAGAAAGAUGAUUUUUUCAUGAGUUUUAAGAUCUCUUGUCAAGGAGCAUCCUCAAUCAAAACAUUUGUUGAUUUUCUAUGGCACAAACUCACUCCUGCCAUCUCCAACACGAUUUGGGAACAAAUGGCCCCUAAAAUUGCUGGGGACAUGAGAGCUACCUGCCCAGCAUUCAAUGGAAACAGGGCUAACCUGGAGAAACACAUUCUUAUCUCCCUGGCAGAAAAUGAAAAGUUUGAUGAUUAUUGGAAGUACCUUCAUAAUCCAGAAUCAUAUUUUAAGGAUUACAUUCAAAACUAUAUUAAAAAAUAUUGUUCAGAACAAAAUAACAAAAUAAAAACUUUUUUAAAAAUAAGUGUUGGUGACAUCAAGAAUGUCAUCCUCUCAGCUAUUCAUGAAUCCACAGCAAGAGCUAAAGAUAAAAGCAGCACUGUGUCUGGGUGGUUGGAUUUGUUCUGUGGUCACUUGGGGAAUAACUUGAACUUUCCAAGAAAAGACUUGGUAAGCAUUGAACACCAGGAAAUAAAAGAUAUUGAGUUUCUCAAAGAAGCCAUGAAUAAAGCUUUGGAUCCCGCAAUGAUCACAGUUGAACAGGAGUGUAUGAGUAUGCCUGUGGAAGACAGGGUUCCUGAAAUCCAGAAAAUGCUCUCUGAACAUCUGUGUGGCUGCUGGAAACAAUGUCCCUUCUGUGGAGCAAUUUGUACAAACACAAUCCCUAACCAUGAUGGAGACCACAGUGUUCCUUUCCACCGUCCUAAUGCUGUCAUUGGAUGGCGAUAUUCCAAAACAGAAGUGUUGUGCCUUAAUAUCUGUACUAGUUCAGUAGCAAGUGAUGAUUCAUUUACAACAAAAUCCACCUCAUACCUAUAUAAGACAUACCGACAGGCAGGAGGGGAAUAUGCCACAUGGAGCAUCACCCCAGACACAUCCACCCAGCCAUACUGGAAAUGGUUUGUCUGUCACUUCAGAUCAAAUCUAGAAGAAAAAUACAAGAAAAAAUUUACAGGUAGAGGUGAAAUCCCGGAUGCAUGGACCAAAAUCACAAAGGAAGAUGUGCUUGAUGACUUGGAAAAGCAAUAGUACUCAAUGCCCACAAAAGAUUACCAGAAUCUAAACAACAGUCACAGUACCUGAACAAUUCAAAAAUACCUCCUCCUAACAAUGAGAAACUUUAUUUCCAUUUUUCAAAUGAACUGACUAAAUAUAAAUCAACAUUUCAAGAAUUUAAAAUUUCCUGUUAAAAGGA